CGGCCUGUGAUUGGCUGAGCUGCACGUCCGUUGCUCCACACAUCACAGUUUGUCGGACAUCGAGGCGAACAGGUUGAAAAAGAACCGGAGUGUUGUUCAGUCAUAUUCUGUUGGUUGCAGGUUGUAACCAGACCCAAAAACACAAGCUGGAAGGUCUCAGUUCAGCGUGGGUGCCCAGGGAUCCACUGCCUGAGUGCGGGGAGAGCAGCGGCCAAGACCCUAAAGACAUGAACGACACCAAGGGGGGCCUGGUCAUCUUCACCGCCAACUCGCACCCCUCCAGCCGCGAGCUGAGCAAGAGGAUUGCAGAGAGGUUAGGGGUGGAGCUUGGCAAGGUGCAGGUUUACCAGGAAGCGAACAGAGAAACACGGGUACAGAUCCAAGAGUCGGUGCGAGGCAAGGAUGUCUUUGUGAUCCAGACAGUGUCCAAGGAUGUGAACACCACCAUAAUGGAGAUGCUGAUCAUGGUGUACGCGUGCAGGACGUCCUGUGCCAGAAGCAUCACGGGCGUCCUCCCCUACUUCCCCUACAGCAAGCAGUGCAAGAUGAGGAAGAGGGGCUCCAUCGUCUCCAAGCUCAUUGCCUCCAUGAUGUGCAAAGCUGGUCUCACCCACCUGAUCACCAUGGACCUCCACCAGAAAGAGAUUCAAGGCUUUUUCAACAUCCCAGUGGACAAUCUGAGAGCCUCGCCCUUCCUGCUGCAGUACAUACAGGAAGAGAUCCCCGACUAUAGAAAUGCUGUGAUCGUGGCCAAAUCCCCAGCUUCUGCCAAAAGGGCUCAGUCAUUUGCAGAGCGGCUGCGUUUGGGCUUAGCGGUGAUCCACGGUGAAGCUCAGGACGCAGAGUCAGACCAGGUGGACGGGCGACAUUCCCCACCCACCGUCAAGACCACGGGAGCAAUUCACCCCAGCAUGGACAUACCAUUGUUGAUCCCUAAAGAGAAGCCUCCCAUCACUGUGGUAGGAGAUGUAGGAGGACGCAUCGCCAUCAUUGUGGAUGACAUCAUCGAUGAUGUCAGCAGUUUUGUGGCAGCCGCGGAGACGCUGAAGGAACGAGGGGCGUACAAGAUCUACGUCAUGGCAACGCACGGCAUCCUGUCGUCAGAUGCCCCCAGGUUCAUAGAGGAGUCUGCCAUCGACGAGGUGGUGGUGACCAACACGAUUCCCCACGAGCUCCAGAAGCUCCAGUGUCCAAAAAUCAAAACGGCCGACAUCAGCAUGAUCUUGUCAGAGGCCAUCCGCCGCAUCCACAACGGAGAGUCCAUGUCCUACCUGUUCCGCAACAUAGGGAUGGAUGACUGAACUACUCACACACUCCCACACACACACACACUCCCACACACUCCCCCCCACACACACACACACACACACUCCCAUUUGCCUUCGUAGACCUCUCCAGACACACACAGAAGAAUGGCGAACAGACACACACAUACACAUCCAGUGCCCUAUACUUGCAUCAUCAUGUAAAAAUACAAAACUCUGACCUUUCCUUUGAGUGCAGCUUAUAGAAGAUGACUGAAUGCAGACACACGCACAUAGACGAGUGAACACUUCCACAAAGUAGUUUUGUUCCAUAGUUCUGACUGAACACACUGGACUGCUGCCUAUCUCUCUGAUGGCUGCCCCCUUUGCCAAACACAAUGUCAGUACCUCUUGAAGUAAGUUCUUCAUCCUGUCGCCCUUUUUUAUGUUUUCCCUCCCAGAUAGCUUUCCAUUAACGUUGAUGUUAGAACGUGGUAUUUGUUGGCACUGAAAGUCUAUUUCUGAUACUAUAACUUUACUAUUAGUGAAUGAGAUUGUAGCGCAGAAGUGCCACUGCCUUCGACAGGACAGGCAACACACAGGCCCUCAUCACUCCGAUACAAAACUGGGCCUCGUCUAACUAAUUCAUAGUGGCUCUUUGUAAUUAAUCCAGGAAUAUGCAGGUUUCCAGCUAAUUAAGUUGUGUAGAGUAUCAGAGUGCAGGUCAGUUUCUGUUAAUUUAUGUUGCGUCUGAAUGUGCUACUAAUACGACUAGUUGAGACUCCUACCAGUCAGCUGUAUGUCCGUGUGGUUGCCAUGGCACUUAGAUGCUAAUCUGCUGUCAAAUCUGCUAAUUGCUAAAAAGUUGAACUGGAAUUAAUACAGGGAACUAUUUUCUCACUAGUUAAUUGGUGGCUAACGUUCUUUUAUGGCAGUGCACCUGUGAAAUAUGUCUUCACGAGUCAUUCAUGUAACAUUGCGUGCCAUCUUUUUUCCCCCAACACCAUGUCGUAUUUAUUUGUCCAUGCCCACGAAUGAGCGGCUUCGCUUCCAGAUGGAAGGCUCCGGGUCAAAGAAACUCUCUCACUAACUUUACUCUCUAGUCAGAGGUGGGACAUCGUUCCUGAAAUCAGCUUUAACGUGUUAACACUUGAAGAGAGAAAGUCCCAAACUGCAGCUAAAACCGAGAAGGUAAAUCCUAGCUUUUUUCCGGAGGAGCAAAACCCAACAGAAGCAGGUCUUUGUCACUUUACCAGAUGUUUCAAAAAAAAAGUUUUGUAUUUAUUUUCAGCACUUGCAUCUGAAUAAACGUGACCUCUGAAAGUAAA